AUGCAAUGUUCGUCGGUGUCAGCUAGUCUCCUGUUCAUCUUUUUUUCCUUUCCCAAUGUAUUAACUUAUACUUCACAUAUCGAGGACCCGUCUCGAGUCGAACUCGACAUGUUUGACUGGACGGCUGGUGUACGGGUAGCCUAUUGCGUUGAUUCGCCACUGCCAGAUCUCAUUUCUCCAUUUCGUCGAACCAUGGCAAAAGUGGUGACAAAAUAUUGUCAGAAUGCAACUGCUUGCAAUCUCAGAAGCUCGCUGAUUUUUGGUCCCGAGCAAAUUGUCAUACUCGAAGGAUUUCCACGACGAGAAUCACUGACGAUACAAAUCAAAUUUUUUGUACUACUACCUCAUUUUUCGAAUCCCAACCUACGGCAACAACGACCAUUCCUCCCGAGACAAGUUUUGUCUGACAUUCUUCAAAAACACCACCAGGAAAUUGCAAAUCGACUUGGAUGGCACAUCAUAGCUUAUGAAAAGUAUCCUCGGUUCGACAGUAUGACAGAAUUUAUGAAUGUUGCGAUUAUACCAAUUGUCAUAGUUUCCAUUCCGCUGAUGGUAUUCUUAGCUUAUUGGGUUUCAACGUUGAGGCCAAACUCCGGAUCAGAUACUUGGAUGGUAACCGGAUCAGCGGGUGGUAAGAACGCCGCUCUACGAAGAACAAUGGAGAUUAUAGCGGAACAGAAUGAAGAAUACGAACGCCAACAGAGAUAUGCAAUGAGUAAGCAUGUCGUGGCAACCGGUGGUCACGAAGGUAUAACCACAACCGGAGAAUUGUUGUUAAAUGUGGCGAGGUUAUCCAUGGCCUCAUCACAAGCUCCAUCAUCUGCCCAGUCUCCUCAAAUUUUCAUCCAACCUGGAAGUUCCAGUUCAUCAUCAGCACCUCGCACUUCUAUAGUAUCUCUUCACGGAAAAGAGCUACUGCACGUAAAACCCAGACAUUCGCGACGACCAUCGUCAGUGGAGGAAAUCAAAAAAGCAAGACGCAUGCGCGGUCAUCGAAAAUCGGAAUCGAAACAAUGGAAAUCGGGCAGUCUGAUGCUAGCUGGCUUUCGAAGGACAUAA